AUGACCACCAGAUCGCCCUUCAAGACGACAUUCGAACCUGAACGGGUGAUCCAGCCCAUCUUCACGGGCGGCUCAGUGGCGCUUGACAAUGGAGCAAGGAUCUUGGCCACAACAUUAGGGGAGGACGCCGUCUUGACGGAUUUGGCGACGGGGAGGCAGUUUGCAAAGAUUGAAGGCGAUGACGAGUCUAUCUCAACAUUGACCUUGACCCCCUCCGCUUCUCAUCUCAUCGUCUGCUCUCGGUCUCUCUCCAUGCGCAUCUACUCCCUCAAGCUCUCAGACCAACAAGAUACAAUCGAGACCACCCUACUGCGCACACUCAAGCCCCACGGUACUCCGGUGGUUGUGCUGGCCGUCGAUCGUACUGGUACCCUUCUCGCGACUGGUGCCGCCGAUGGCAACAUCAAAGUGUGGGAUAUACUCGGAGGCUAUGUUACGCAUACCUUUCGAGGCCCCAGCGUCCUCGUAUCAGCCCUGCACUUCUUUGAGAUUGCCUCGGGGCGACUGGGCGAAGAACAGACGACCAGCAAGAAGAGCAAGAAGGCCAAGAGAAAGAGCGACGUGACCAGUGAUGCCAAUGACGCCAAAGAGGAUGCGACGAUCAGGUUCCGCUUGGCUUCUGGGAGUCAAGACGGAAAGGUCAGGGUGUGGGACCUCCACAAGCGCGCUGUGGUUGCGGACCUCGAGUCUCACGUCUCGGAUGUUCAAGGGCUGGACUACUCCCCCUCGGAACAUGCCUUGGUUACGGCGAGCCGAGACAAGACUAUGAUCUGGUGGGACGCCAAGUCAUGGACCCCUAGAAAAGUCAUACCGACCCUUGAGACGAUAGAGGCGGCAGGCUUUCUGGAAGAUGGCAGACUGACGUACACGGCCGGCGUCAAUGGCUGUGUGAGGCUGUGGGAGACAGACACAGGCCGUGAGGUCACCGCGGAGCAGGAUGCGAAGGCCGAAACGGACUCAAUAUUGGGCGCCUGCUUAUGUUCUGAUAAGAACCUAUUGCUCACCGUCCAGAUGGACCACACCCUCGUUUUUUAUCAGAUGCCUUCCAUGCGCGACUCACUCACAGUACCGGAGAUGUCGCCACUCGAGCCUACCAGGAGGAUAUCCGGCACCCACGAUGAGAUUAUCGACCUCGCAUACCUAUCGCCAGACCGCUCGAUAAUGGCACUAGCUACGAAUUUGGAAGAAGUUCGAUUAGUGUCUGUGACGGAGUCAGCAGGUGGAACAAACGGGACGACGGCCACAGAAAUAUAUUUUGGUCAGGAUAUUGGCCUUCUCAAGGGUCACGAGGAUACUGUGAUCACCCUUGACGUCGACUGGUCUGGACACUGGAUCGCAACAGGAGCCAAGGACAACACAGCCCGCCUGUGGCGGAUCGAUCCGGAGAACAACAGCUUCACCUGCUGGGCCGUAUUUACGGGCCAUGCGGAGACGCUGGGGGCCAUCGGCCUGCCAAAAACUGUCCCUCAAGAAUCAUCCGCAGCAUACCAAGAUCCGGUUAAUAACCCACCACCUUUUCUGGUGACUGGAUCCCAGGACUUGACCGUGAAGAAGUGGGAGAUACCUCGUCAGGCCCAGAAGAAAGCAAAGGCAGUCUUUACCAGAAAAGCACACGAGAAGGAUAUCAAUGCGGUGGAUGUGAACCCUACGGGCCAGCUCUUCGCAUCGGCCUCCCAGGACAAGACGGUGAAGGUCUGGUCUGUAGCGGAAGGCGAGGUGCAAGGAAUCCUGCGUGGUCACAAGCGGGGCGUGUGGUCAGUCAAAUUUGCCCCCGCCAACACACCUGUGAUCCACGGCGACAAGGGAGCCGUGGCAGGAAAGGGCCUGAUUUUGACCGGUUCUGGUGACAAGACGGUCAAAAUAUGGAGUCUCUCAGACUACACCUGCCUUAGGACCUUCGAAGGACAUUCAAACAGCAUUCUCAAAGUAGCAUGGCUCAAGCAGCAUGCAGAAGGCGACAAGUCGAAGAGGGUGCAAUUUGCCAGCGCGGCGGGCGACGGCCUUGUCAAGGUCUGGGAUGCAAACAGCGGCGAGACAGAGACCACACUGGACAAUCACGAAGAUCGAGUGUGGGCACUAGCCGUCAAUCCUGCGACCAACAUGGUCGUCUCAGGCAGUGCAGACUCGACAGUGACUUUCUGGAAGGACACAUCUUCCGAGACGCAGGCUGCGGCAGCUGAGGCGGCCACCAGACUGGUCGAGCAGGAGCAGGAGCUCGAGAACUACAUGCACACGGGUGCAUACCGCGACGCCAUUGCCCUCGCGCUGCAGCUGAACCACCCAGGUAGACUUCUCAACCUGUUUACCUCUGUAGUGACCAGCAAAAAGCCAGACGAGGGUAGCCUGUGCGGGCUGAAGGCAGUAGACGAGGUCCUCGCAACGCUCUCCGACGAGCAAAUAUUCCUCCUUCUUCUGCGCCUGCGCGACUGGAACACGAACGCAAGGACGGCGCCUGUGGCACAACGGAUCCUAUGGGCGCUCAUCAGAAGUUAUCCGGCGUCCAAGUUCUCAAAUUUGUCAGUCAAGGGUGCAAGAGGCCAAAAGAGCUUGAAGGAGGUGCUCAAUGCCCUGAAGGUGUACACAGAGAGGCACUACAGGCGCAUAGAGGAGCUGGUAGAUGAGAGCUAUCUGGUGGAGUACACAUUGCAGGAGAUGGAGAACCUGGCAGCACCGACACUUGAGGGAUGUCUUGAUGCUGGACGCAGCAUCUUGAGAGAUGAAGGCAAACAGGAUUAG